AUGUCGUCCCCUCACGUGCUUAUCAUUGGUGCUGGUAUGAGCGGCCUCACGCUCGCGCAACAAUUGAAGAAAAAUAACAUUCCUUUCACCGUUUUUGAGCGAGAUGUGAGAAAUGACUCUCGUGGUCAAGGUUGGGCGCUCUCCUUGUUUGGAGAAGCCUAUGACUUGAUGAAGACUUUAAUGCCAUCGGAAUUAGGACCGGUCGAGCAGACAAGCCAUCUUUAUCCUCUCGAUCUCCAACCACAAUUCUCUUUUUAUGAUAUUACUCGUCCAGAAUUUCGGGUUGGUGUCAUGGCGGAUGACACUCUCAAGGUUGUACGGGCAAAUCGACGAAGAAUGCGCGAAUGGCUGAUGCAGGGUAUCGACGUACAAUUCAAUAAGCGCCUGCUUCGCGUAGAGGAGCACGGGGAUAAAGUAACAGCACAUUUUGAGGACGGCACUUCGGCAACAGGUGAUUUUCUGGUCGGUGCUGAGGGUACACGUAGUGUGGUGCGCAGACAGCACUUCCUUAAAGACCAGGAUGUGAUGAAACCAUUACCGAUCGGCUCAAUCUUUGGCGAAAUCUCACUCAGCGGCGACGAUUUCUCGGAGCAGCUCACCAACUCACAUUCGAACUACAUCGUCAUGGACCCUAGACUGAGUGGGGAUGAGCAGACAGCUAUAUUUUGCGCCCUCAACCGAGUAAGCCCUGAUGGCAAGACUGGCUAUUACUACUAUAUUCUUCUUUGGGUAGACAAGAAUACUCCUAAAGUAGGCGAGAAAAAAUGGACCGAGUCAGCAUCGCAGGAACAAUUGGCAGCAUUUGCGCGCGAGAAAACCAAUCAUUACCCAUACAAGCUCCGCUCCCUAGUCGACAAAAUUCCCACUGAAGGAUACAACACUCCUGGCUUCCAGCUUCAAAGUGUGGAGUUAGAACCUGAACAAUUACCACCUGGAAGAGUGCUGUUAAUUGGUGAUGCAGCGCAUUCGAUGGCCCCAUUCCGUGCUCUAGCCGCAAACACUGCUUUCGUUGAUGCAUUCAGGCUCAGCGAUGUCCUCGCGCGCGCGCGGGACACGCAAGCCUCAGGCGAAGCGCUGAAUGAUCUUAUUUCGGCAUUCAACGAAGAUAUGAUUUCACGCGGCAAGUUCGCGUCUAGCGUGUCCAACACAGUGCUUGAGGCCUAUGGCGAAGAGGCUAAAUUCAUUACAUUCGGUAGGGAAGCCGGAUUGAUGCCACCAAAGACUGUAAAAUUGGAGGAUGUAAAGAUUCUAGCUUAG